AUGGCGAAAUCAGGAGCUAUUGCUUACGCCAUCCUCUUCCUCGUAAUCGUGGGCACAACCAUUCCGACAGCCUCAUCAUUCCAACUCCUCCCUGACAUCUUCAAGUGCUGGAAAGCCAUCGUUGAGGUCGAACACUGUGUGGUGAAGCUUAUUCCUAGCUUCCUUAACUUACAUAUAAGGCUCACCCAAGAAUGUUGCAAGGCUUUCGUGCACAUUGAAGAUAGUUGUCUUCCUGCUGUGUUCACCGCUCCUGUGUUUGGCCCCGGGUUGUCCAACUUCACCUCCAGCGUUUGUGGCGUAUUUGCCGAUCCGCCAGCUUCGGCUUAA